AUGAAAACUGGAUUGACAUUUUCAGCACUUGGUGUACUGUUUAGUAUUCACAGAACAACAAUUUCUACAAUUUUUUAUGAAACUUUGCAACUACUAGCUAGUGCAACCAGAAAUUUAGUAUUUUGGCCAGAUAUUGACGCUGUACAAGAAACUAUGCCUGACUGCUUUCUACCUGAUUACAGUAACACCAGAGUUAUAAUUGAUUGUACAGAAUUUCGAAUUGAUAUCCCUAAAAGUGUCGACAAUCGUGUUUUUACAUACUCCCAAUACAAAAAAAACUUCACGGCUAAAGUUCUUAUUGGAAUAACUCCUGGAGGUUUUAUUUCCUUAAGAUCUGACGUAGCCGGAGGACGGAAAUCGGAUUCUCAACUUACAAUAGAGUCUGGGCUGUUAGAUCUAUUAGAAGAUGGUGACAUUGUUUUGGCUGACAAAGGUUUUCCAGAAAUAAAAACAGUGAUUGACGCAAGUGGUAAAAAAGUACAAAUGGUUAUGCCGCCUUUUCUUGAAAAAAAAAAUGAAUUUUCAGCCAUAGAAACUCAACAAACAUACAGUGUAGCAAGAGUUAGGAUUCACGUUGAAAGAAUCAUGCAACGAUUACGGACUUAUCAAAUAUUGCAUAAAAUUCCUCAACACUUGUUUCAUUGCAUAGACGAUAUUGUGCACAUUUGUUGUGUUUUGGUAAAUUUACAGCCUCCAAUUAUUUCUAAUAAAGAAGAUGCUGAAAAUGAGAGAUAA